CUUGACGAGUGUUUGGAGUAGUUUCACUACACAACAAGUCAUCCAUGCAUAUCAAGGCAACUUCUGCCAUUAAUAAACUCUGAUGUAACACAAAAGACUUGCAUCAUCUCCUCAGCUGCUUAAGGGUAACAAGAAGACCUAGCCCUAGCCAUGGGAGCAGAUACCAAGUCCGAAGAGCCAAAAACGACUCGUCAAAGGCUGCCGAUUUCGAUGCCUCCCUUCACUCUGAGCCAACUGAAGAAAGCCGUACCUCCACAUUGCUUCAAGCGCUCUCUCCUCCGCUCCUUCUCUUAUGUCAUCUACGACCUCACCUUGGUGUUUCUCUUCUACCACAUCGCCACCUCUUACUUCCACCUCAUCCCUCAUCCCCUCUCCUACAUCGCAUGGCCAGUCUAUUGGAUCCUUCAGGGCUGCAUCCUCACCGGCGUGUGGGUCAUCGCGCAUGAGUGUGGCCACCACGCCUUCAGUGACUACCAGCUCCUAGACGACGUCGUUGGCCUUGUUCUUCACUCGGCUCUGUUGGUCCCGUACUUCUCCUGGAAAUACAGUCACAGGCGCCACCACUCCAACACGGGAUCGAUGGAGAGGGAUGAAGUGUUUGUUCCUAAACCCAAAUCCAAGAUCCCAUGGUACAACAAAUACUUCAACAACCCACCAGGCAGGUUGAUCAGUAUUGUCUUCACCCUCACACUCGGUUGGCCGUUGUACUUGGCAUUUAACGUGUCGGGUCGACCCUACGACCGUUUUGCCUGCCACUAUGACCCUUACGGUCCUAUAUUUUCCGACCGAGAAACCGUUCAAAUAUAUAUCUCGGAUCUCGGAAUUUUGGUCACAGCUUCCGUGCUCUACCGCAUUGCAAUGGCUAAGGGAUUGGCUUGGCUUGUAUGUGUUUAUGGGGUGCCCUUACUAAUAACAAACGGGUUUCUUGUGCUGAUCACAUAUUUGCAGCACACUCACCCAUCACUGCCGCACUAUGACACGUCGGAGUGGGAUUGGUUGAGAGGAGCUUUGUCCACUGUGGAUAGAGACUAUGGGGUGCUCAAUAAGGUUUUCCAUAAUAUUACAGACACACAUGUUGUUCAUCAUCUCUUCUCUACAAUGCCACACUAUAAUGCAAUGGAGGCCACAAUAGCAGUGAAGCCUAUAUUGGGAGAUUACUAUGGUUUUGAUGGGACUCCGAUUUACAAGGCUUUGUGGAGGGAGGCUAAGGAGUGCCUUUAUGUUGAACCGGAUGAAGAUGCUCCUAAUACCAAAGGUGUUUUUUGGUACCGGAAUUACUUCUGAUCAAGGAAAUGUUCCAGAG